UGAACGGAUGAGAGUUCUGUGUUUUCAACACGCAACAGAACGUGAAACAGUCUAAAGCAAUCCCAUUUUAAAGGUUUUCAUGCAUUUACUGGACUCGUAAAAAGUGGGAGGUUGUACUGUCUCCACUCUUUCCGGAAAUUGCCUGUUUACAAUAGUCAUUUUGUCUGCUCCUUCAUAUGUGCACUUUCUUUAAAACGUGUUUUGGAUCAUCUGGACAAAUCUUUAGCACAACUAGUCACGUGGGCGUGGCUAAACAUUUGACUUUGCAUAUCACGUGAUGGUGCAUUAACAAAUCAACAAUUACCGUGCUCGUAUUCUUUAGGGGUAACUAAAAACGGUUUUAAGACGCGUUCGGGCGAGCUCGUGAGAAAUGUGCGAGCACAAUCUCCUUAGCUCUGGCUAUGUUGCUCCCCUUUUGAAUUUUCACUCUCCCGACUCCCUGUACCUCCAAAACCUGCGAGGCAAUGGAGUCCAUCUAUCUGGCCUUCCGCAGAUGUCCUACAGUAGAAGUGAGGUGUGCUCGCUCCCGUGGACUUCUCCAAAUGCGUGCACUCCUCCGGCCCAGAGCCGCGCCUACAGUGGCUUCGCUCAGCCGUUUUUCGGCAAUUCAGCCGCUGUGAGCGCUAGCCUCAAAAAGGGCUCACUGGAGGAAUCCGGGAGGUACUACUUCCAAGAUGUCAGCCACAAAUCAGAGGAGCCAAGUCGACCUAAUGCAGCUUACGCAGGAGAGCAGAGCUCUGUCAGCAACGAAGUUUCAAACUUGGAAAGGCGACAGCAGAACAGGGUUGAGCCGAUUGAACUGACAUCCAUUGACCAGCCAGUGACCGAUGCUUCAAAGCCUCCAGUCCAGCCAUCACUGAGCAGCCAGACUAGGUCAGCCUUCUCCGAUGGACUACCAUGGUGUCCCUCACAGGUGAGGUCAAGAAAGAAGAGAAAACCUUACACGAAGCCACAGUUAGCCGAGCUGGAGAACGAAUUUAUGAUAAAUGAAUUUAUAAAUCGACAGAAACGAAAGGAGCUUUCGGACAGAUUGGAACUGAGUGAUCAGCAAGUGAAAAUCUGGUUUCAGAAUCGCAGGAUGAAGAAAAAAAGACUUCUGAUGCGCGAUCAUACCUUCACUAUAUACUAAUUUUGUUUCUUCAACAAUUGUAGGGUUUGUUUUUUAGGUGGUGACAUCAUUCAUACAAGAGACUUUUCUUGCUAGUCCACCAAAUCUGGAAACGAUUUUCUCCCGAACACCCAUGAAAUGUAAUUUAAUGUUCAAGUUGAAUAUAUUGAAAUUGAUAUUUAUUUGGCAUAUAGUCGCUGCAUUUAUGUGUCUGGUGUAUGUUUUUGGUGGGAAAACGAGAAUUCCAAAGUUGUAAUGUUAGCUUGCUUUAUAUAGCCUAAAAAAGAAUGCUUUGUAGUUUAGAACAGCAGCACAUUUAGAGUAGAGACGUGAAUAUUUAAUUCAUGAAAUCAUUUAAAACUCCACUGGGCUGCUAACAAAUAACUGGGAGUCAUUACAUUUUUAAUACAUUUUGAUAAAACCUAAUUUGUAUCUUGCGAACGUACAUUUUACUUUGUUGCGUUUUUAAUCAAAAGUGAUGUGUAAUAUUUAUUAAGUGUUCCUGUAAAUUCUGCAUUAUAUUAAACUUCUGCAUUCUGGUGUGAUAUUUGUCUGUUGUAAUUCAGUGGGUGAUUCUAAAAUGCGCUAAUAAAGUCCAAGCUCAAGUUCGAA